UUACAAUCACAGAAGAAAAAAUGAAUUUUUUCGUUCCUCCCUCUCACCAUCCUCUCCUCCUGGAUCGACCCACGACGCAUCGCUCCUUCGUGUCUGUCGAUCCCGCGGAGACACGAACCCGCCGCCGCCUCCUCUAAACCCACUUUCCUCGAUCUCUACCGCCAUCGGCCGGGCGGUCUCGCCGGAUCCGGCCGGUUUCCGUGUUGGCGUUCCGAGGGCACUCCGGGGCCGAUCCUGCGCCGUGAUCUAAGAAUUUCGGCGAGGGAGGGGGGCGUGGAUGGCGGCGGUGCGGCCUUCCAACUUGGACACCUUCGAUGCGUACUUCGGGCGAGCGGAUUUGGAUCGCGAUGGGAGGAUUAGCGGGGCCGAGGCGGUUGCUUUCCUCCAGGGAUCCAAUUUGCCCAAGAACAUCCUAGCUCAGAUAUGGAUGCAUGCUGAUCAGAGCCGAACUGGCUUCCUUGGGCGCCAAGAAUUCUAUAAUGCAUUAAAACUUGUAACUGUGGCACAAAGUGGGCGUGAACUAACACCUGAUAUCGUAAAAUCUGCAUUAUAUGGUCCAGCUGCGGCUAAAAUUCCAGCACCACAGAUAAAUCCUGUGUCAAUUCCUUCACCUCAAAUGAAUUCGGUCCCUACCCCUAUGCCCCAAGUAAAUUCUAUGCGGCCAUCGUCCACUCAAAUGGGUGUUGUGGCGCCAAUUGCAUAUCAAAAUCUAGGAUUUAGGGGGUCACAAUCAACUCCAAAUGUGGGCAUGAAUCAACAGUUCUCUUCGAAUGCUAAUUUCAUGAGGCCACCUCAAGCAACACUUGCUGCACCUUCGCUUCAGAUGCAGGGUGUCAAUCAAGUACUUUCUGCAGGCAGCAAUGUUACUGGUCCACGGAUGCCAAGCUCAAGUACACCGAAUCUAUCAACUGAUUGGCUUGGUGGGAGGACAGGUGGAACUGCAGUUGGGGGAACUUCUCAAGCUUCUGUUAGGGGCAUUGGCACCUCGCAGAACCCAUAUGGAUUUGGCUUGGCAUUUUCUGGCAUGUCUCCUGGACUGCCUCCUAAACCACAAACACAAUCCGCACCAGCAUCCUCAGUUCAGCUGAAACCUCUGGAUCCAGUUGUACCAUCAUACCGACCUGCUGCUAAUAAUGAGUCAAACGCUUCAGUUUUAUCUGGAAAUGGCUUUACAUCUGACUCAGCUUUUGGAGGGCAUGCAUUUUCUGCUACUUCUCAAGCAAGGCCAGAUGCUUCUGCACCAACUUCUUCUGCAAGCAGUUCAGCCAACUCCUCCAAUAUCAUGUCACCGGCUGUCAGGUCUCAAAAUUUAAUUAGGCCAGGUCAACCUGAUCCUUUGCAGCAUACUGUGGCACUUACUUCUGGUAGUAGUCAGCUUCAACAGACUCAGUCAAUAGUUAAGCAUGAUCAGCUAGAUAAAAUGCAGAAGUCUGCAGCAUUGGCUGCAGUUAAUGUUUCGGCUGGAUCUCUAAGUUCAGAUUCCAACCAAUCGCAGCUUCAAUGGCCAAGAAUUACUCAAUCUGAUAUUCAGAAGUAUACUGCUGUGUUUGUAGAGGUAGACAAGGAUAGAGAUGGAAAGAUCACAGGUGAACAGGCACGUAACCUGUUCUUAAGUUGGAGACUUCCUAGAGAGGUCCUAAAACAGGUGUGGGACUUAUCUGACCAAGAUAACGAUAGCAUGCUUUCUCUAAGAGAGUUCUGUGUUGCUCUCUAUCUGAUGGAGCGGUACCGAGAAGGGCGUCCUCUUCCAGCUGUGCUUCCAGAUACCCUUAGGUAUGACGAGACAUUGUUACGUGCCACAAGUCAGCCUUCAUCUUCAUACGGUGGUCCGGCUUGGCAGCCAAAUCCUGGAUUACCUCAGCAAGGGAUCCUUGGAUCUCGUUCUGUGAUGCCUGCCACUGGAAUGAGGCCACCAAUGCAAACAUCUGUCCCUCUGCAGCCUGAUGGUGCAGUUCAGUCAGUGCAACCGAAGUCAAGAGUACCUGGAUUGCAUAAUCACCUGGCAAACCAACUCAGCAAGGAUGAGCAGAAAAAAAUGAACUCAAGUUACCGGGAGGCGAUAGAUGCUGAUAAGAAAGUUCAGGAAUUGGACAAGCAGAUCCUUGAUUCCAAAGAAAAGAUUGAAUUUUACCGCACCAAGAUGCAAGACCUCGUUCUCUACAAAAGCAGGUGUGACAACAGACUUAAUGAGAUCACAGAAAGGGCAUCUGCUGGUAGGCAUGAGGUUGAAUCACUGGCAAAAAAAUAUGAAGAAAAGUACAAGCAAGUUGGAGAAUUAGCUUCAAAACUGGCGGUGGAGGAGGCUACGUUUCGUGAUAUUCAGGAGAGAAAACUUGAACUGUAUCAUGCGUUAGUCAAAAUGGAACAAGGUGGUAGUGCUGAUGGUCUUCUUCAGGUUCGUGCUGAUCGAAUACAAUCUGAUCUUGAGAAGCUAGAAAAAGCUUUGAAUGAACGUUGCAAGCAACAUAGAUUGCAUGUUAAACCAGCUACAUCAAUUGAGCUUCCCUUGGGUUGGCAACCUGGCACACAAGAGGGGGCAGCCAAUUGGGAUGAAGAUUGGGACAAAUUUGAAGAUGAAGGAUUCAUGGUUGUAAAAGAUCUUGGUGUAGAGGUGGAAAAUUUGUUUUCUGCUACAAAUCCCAAGUCUCCCACAGUCUGGAGUGAUAAAGCUUCUACAGAUGAGUUUUCCCCUGUUGCAUCUUCUUCUAAUGCUAAUAGCAAGAAUGAGAAGCCUUUUAGUACUAGUGAACAGAUUACUGAGAGUGGAUCUGCCUACGACCAUAGUGAAGAAGGAUCAGCAAGAAGUCUUGGCAGUCCUGGAAGAAGUACUCUGGAAAGUCCAUUUCGCUCUGCACAGUUUGAUGUGCAUGAUAUUUCUCCACGCACUAAAGAAAGUUACAGUGAUCACGGUGGUGCUGAAUCCUCUAUAUUUGGUGGUAACUUUGCUGAUGAAUCCUCCUGGAAUUUUGAUGAUGCUGAUUCAGUAUCGGGUUCUAAUGCAAUACAUAUGAAGGAGGCUGCUCAUGAGAGGACCCCAGAGAACUCUUUCUUUGGCUUUGAAGAAAACUUUGGUCUAAAUCCAAUUAAAGUAGGCUCCCCAAGUGCUGCCAGUGUAUUUGGGACAGAGAAGAAGAGUAUAUUCUUUGAGGAUUCCGUUCCGAAUUCUCCAUUUUUCAACUCUGGUUCAUCAUUGAGGUUUAAUGAAGGGAGAGAGGAUGACUCCUUCAACCAUUUUAACAAAUUUGAUUCCUUUAAGACGCAUGACAGUGAGUUUUAUCCUCCAAGUGGAAGCAUUACAAAGUUUGACUCCAUUAGCAGCAGCGGAGGUUUCGGUCACAGUCGAAAAUUUGAAUCAUUUGACGAUGCAGAAGACCCCUUUGGCUCAACUGGGCCUUUCAAAUCUUCAUGAAUCCAUUAUCAUAUGUAAUGUUUGGAUAAUUGGGGUGCUUUCUAGAAGAUAUUGCACAAAGGAGAAGUUUCUGCUUCGUGCCAUGAUGCAAAAAUACUACUUUCCGGAGCCUUGAUGUUCAAUCCCCUGUGGCUAUAAAAACCCUUUAUGAUAUAUUGGCUAUAUGUUGUGGACUACAUUGUCUUGUAUCAGCAUGAUUUUCUUUUUUGAUAGUAUAAAGUUGUUUAUCUUGGGUUUGAGGAUCUAACUUCUCUCCCUGCAAGCUACCUAGCGAACAUUCUUUACAUCAUGUCAUGUAUAAACUAUUGUGUGCGACUUGAGCAUUGCAGAGUGCUUGUCUUUUUUCUUUUUUUCCCUUGAAGAUAAUUUUACGGCAUGCAAGGGGCAGAUUGAAGCAUCAGAAAUUCUGUUUAUCAUCCGUCUUGUGAGGACAUGAAAAGACCAUUUUGAACAGUACAUUCUGAAACUAAUAUCCCUUGUAUCUACGUUAGUGAUUUUGUAUAUAUUCAUCAAGUAUUAUCUUCA